GGCGGAGCGGCGGUAGCGGAGCCGAGCGGAGCCGAGCGGAGCCGAGCGCAGUCCGGGGCAGCCCAGCCCAGCCCAGCCCGGCGCGCAGGGCGCGGCCAGCGCCGCCCGUCCGUCCCCUCCCCGCGGGCUGACAGGCAGAUAUGGUCCUGAACAUCGCGAGCACGUGACUUCAGAGAUGGACAACCGGACCUGUUACAGGUUGUGAUUGGCCUUAGACUGACUUUGUAACAUCGCAGAGCUUAGCAGGAGUUCUGUCAUCGCUGAUUUUCGCCUCUCCGGUUGCCUGACACCGCCAGCGCAGCCAUGUACGGCAGCGCCCGCUCGGUGGGCAAGGCGGAGCCCAGCACGCAGAGCCCGGGGCGCUCGCCGCGCCUGCCGCGCUCGCCGCGCCUGGGCCACCGCCGCACCAACAGCACCGGCGGCGGCUCGGGCGGCAGCGCGGCCGCGGGCAGCGGCAAGACCCUCUCCAUGGAGAACAUCCAGUCCCUGAACGCCGCCUACGCCACGUCCGGCCCCAUGUACCUGAGCGACCACGAGAGCGUGGGCGCCGACACCCCCAAGAGCACCAUGACCCUGGGCCGGUCGGGGGGCCGGCUGCCCUACGGCGUGCGCAUGACGGCCAUGGGCAGCAGCCCCAACAUCGCCAGCAGCGGCGUGGCCAGCGACACCAUUGCCUUCGGGGAGCACCACCUGCCCCCCGUCAGCAUGGCCUCCACCGUGCCGCACUCGCUGCGCCAGGCCAGGGACAACACCAUCAUGGACCUGCAGACGCAGCUCAAGGAGGUGCUGAGGGAGAACGAUCUGCUGCGCAAGGACGUGGAGGUGAAGGAGAGCAAGCUGAGCUCUUCCAUGAACAGCAUCAAGACCUUCUGGAGUCCCGAGCUGAAGAAGGAGAGAGCUCUGAGGAAGGAUGAAGCUUCAAAAAUCACCAUUUGGAAGGAACAGUACAGAGUUUUGCAAGAAGAGAACCAGCACAUGCAGAUGACAAUCCAGGCUCUGCAGGACGAGCUGCGCAUCCAGCGGGACCUGAACCAGCUGUUCCAGCAGGACAGCAGCAGCAGGAGCAGCGAGCCCCUGGUGGCGGAGCUGACGGAGGAGAACUUCCAGCGCCUGCACGCCGAGCACGAGCGCCAGGCCAAGGAGCUCUUCCUGCUGCGCAAAACCCUGGAGGAGAUGGAGCUGCGCAUCGAGACGCAGAAACAGACCCUGAACGCACGCGACGAGUCCAUCAAAAAGCUGCUGGAGAUGCUGCAGAGCAAGGGUCUGUCAGCAAAGGCCACCGAGGAGGACCACGAGCGGACGCGGCGGCUGGCCGAGGCAGAGAUGCACGUGCACCACUUGGAAAGCCUUCUUGAGCAGAAGGAAAAAGAGAACAACAUGCUGAGAGAGGAAAUCCAUCGGCGCUUUGAGAACGCUCCCGACACGGCCAAGACGAAGGCUCUGCAGACCGUCAUUGAGAUGAAGGAUUCCAAAAUUUCCUCCAUGGAGCGCGGCCUGCGGGAUUUGGAGGAGGAGAUUCAGAUGCUGAAGUCCAACGGAGCCCUGAGCACAGAGGAGCGUGAGGAGGAGAUGAAGCAGAUGGAGGUGUACCGCAGCCAUUCCAAAUUCAUGAAAAACAAGGUAGAGCAACUGAAGGAAGAGCUAAGUGCCAAAGAGGCCCAAGGGGAGGACCUGAAAAAGAGAGUGGCUGGUCUCCAGGCCGAGGUCUCUGCAAUUGGGCAGGUGAAGCAGGAGCUGUCCCGCAAGGACACGGAGCUGCUGGCCCUGCAGACCAAGCUGGAGACCCUCACCAACCAGUUCUCAGACAGCAAGCAGCACAUCGAGGUGCUCAAGGAGUCCCUGACAGCCAAGGAGCAGAGAGCUGCCAUCCUGCAGACAGAGGUGGACGCGCUGCGGCUGCGGCUGGAGGAGAAGGAGACCAUGCUCAACAAGAAGACCAAGCAGAUCCAGGAGAUGGCCGAGGAGAAGGGCACGCAGGCGGGCGAGAUCCACGACCUCAAGGACAUGCUGGAGGUGAAGGAGCGCAAGGUGAACGUCCUGCAGAAGAAGAUCGAGAACCUUCAGGAGCAGCUGAGAGACAAGGAGAAGCAGAUGAGCAGCCUGAAGGACCGAGUGAAGUCCCUGCAGGCCGACACCACCAACACCGACACGGCCCUGACCACGCUGGAGGAGGCGCUGGCAGAGAAGGAAAAGACCAUUGAGCGUCUAAAGGAGCAGCGUGACAGAGAUGAACGGGAAAAACAGGAAGAGAUCGACAACUACAAGAAAGACAUUAAGGACCUGAAAGAGAGAGUCAGCAUUUUACAAGGAGAUCUCACAGAGAAAGAGACAUCAUUACUGGAUCUUAAGGAACAUGCUUCAUCAUUAGCUUCAUCAGGGCUGAAGAAAGAUUCAAGGCUCAAGACACUGGAAAUUGCAUUAGAACAGAAAAAGGAAGAGUGUUUGAAGAUGGAAACACAACUGAAGAAGGCUCACGAGGCGGCGCUGGAGGCCAGGGCCAGCCCCGAGCUGGGCGAGCGCAUGCAGCAGCUGGAGAGGGAGGUGGCGCGGCACCGCGACGAGGCCGCCAAGGCGCAGGCGGAGGUGGAUCGGCUGCUGGACAUCCUGAAGGAGAUGGAGAACGAGAAGAACGACAAGGAUAAGAAGAUAGCAGAGCUGGAAAGGCAAGUUAAAGACCAAAACAAGAAAGUAGCAAAUCUGAAGCACAAAGAACAAGUGGAGAAAAAGAAGAGUGCACAGAUGCUGGAGGAGGCCAGAAGACGAGAGGAUAACCUUAACGACAGCUCCCAGCAGCUUCAGGACAAUCUGCGUAAAAAGGAUGAUCGGAUCGAAGAAUUGGAAGAGGCACUCAGAGAAAGUGUUCAGAUAACUGCAGAGCGGGAAAUGGUGCUAGCACAAGAGGAGUCAGCCAGGAUCAAUGCUGAGAAACAGGUAGAAGAGCUGAUGAUGGCUAUGGAGAAGGUCAAACAGGAGCUGGAGUCAAUGAAAGCAAAGUUGUCCUCUACACAGCAGUCUCUGGCUGAGAAGGAAACCCAUUUGACCAACCUACGAGCUGAAAGAAGGAAACAUUUGGAGGAGGUCCUGGAAAUGAAACAAGAAGCCCUUCUUGCUGCCAUUAGUGAAAAAGAUGCCAAUAUUGCUCUGCUAGAGCUCUCAUCCUCUAAGAAGAAGACUCAGGAUGAAGUGGCUGCACUGAAACGAGAGAAAGACCGUCUUGUGCAACAGCUCAAGCAGCAGACUCAGAACCGUAUGAAGCUGAUGGCUGACAACUAUGAGGAUGACCACCUCAAAUCCUCAUCCCAUUCCAACCAAACCAACCACAAGCCCUCCCCUGACCAGAUCAUUCAGCCCCUGUUAGAGCUCGAGCAGAACCGCAGCAAGCUGAAGCUGUACAUCGGCCACCUGACAGCGCUGUGCCACGAGCGCGACCCCCGCAUCCUGCACGGGCUCACCCCGCCCGCCGCGUACCACGCGCAGGACCAGCCCGCAGCCUGGCACCAGGGGCUGCGCGCCAUGAGCCACCAGCAGCUGCACGACGAGCUGGAGAAGGGGGAGAGGGAGAGCCUGGAGCUGCAGGAGUUCGCCAACGCCAUCCUGCAGCAGAUCGCGGAUCACUGCCCCGACAUCCUGGAGCAGGUGGUGAACGCCCUGGAGGAGUCCUCCUGACCCGGGGGCAGCCACCAGCAGCACACCACUGGCCAAGGCAGCCAGCCACGGAGCCCUGCGAGGGGAGAGCAGUGGGAAACACAGGACAUGGAGCAGAAACCUCUGGUGCACCUUGGACAGAGAAAACAAAGGCAAAAGAACCCUGCUGAAAACUACAUGCUCUCUAGGUUCUUCCAGUCUAUGAUUAAUCAGCCAUUUUUGUAUUCAUCUUCUCACUGCCUUUCUACUUUAGAAUCCAAUUCCCCAUUGACUUUGUUGGUGGUGACUUCUGGAUACAGCUGAGCAGAGCUCUUCCAAGUCUACUGAGCAAAGAAGAGGGGAUCCACUGAACACAAGCAGCUCUAGUUCUCCAUGAGGUUGCAGAAGAGUAGCCCUUGCCUUUCAUUCAUAUAUUGCAUUUUCCUUAUCUUCUUUCCUUCUUCCUGUUUUUUGUUUUCAUGAAAGCGAAAAGCCUGAAUUUCAUAGUGCUAAAAUCAAACCUGAGUGUGCUCUGAUUAUGGCUCAGGGCUGGCCAGCAUCAGCGAGCUCAGGUCUUGCUGCCUGUCUCAGUGCUUCUUAUGUUCUUAAAUACCAGAGUGAGGAAAGGAAAGUUUCCCUACUUGCUCCUGUUAGGUUUUUCAUCUAGCAGCUGGGAAAAAAAGGUAGGCAUACUGGUACUUUCUGUUUACUUAGUUGGAUCUUUGUUGUUCACUGCUCUGAUUCUGAAGUGCUAGGUGGGGCAUUUUUUGAGGUAACUUUUCAUUUGUUGAUUUUUGAGGGGUUUUAGAUGAGCUUUCUCAUCAUAGGUCUGUGUCUCUAAGUUUGUAUUUUACAGAGAGCUCUCUCCCUUUGAGCAGGUGUGGUCAACAGGUCAAUUCCUAGCUUUAACUUCCUGUAUAGUUUGUCCAGUUUUUCAGGCCAUAAGAUUGUGAACACUAGCUGUCAUCAGAAUAGGCGUUCUGUAAAUGACAAAUUUGCAUCAUUUAGCUUAAAAGUAUAAUUUUAAAGCUAAGUUAGGUGAAUCAGUAGCACAGUUCUUACUAUAAUUAUAAUUUAAUUUAUUUGGUUUAGCUUACAUUGACAAGGAAUGACUUUGAGUUCAGAGCAAUAACCCUUAUGAAGAGGAGCAUCUCUGCUGGAGUUGGCACCCAGCUGAGUAGAUAGGUGUAAAAUCACAGCUUUACUUAAACCAGUGCAAUUCUUCUGUGCAUAUGAGAGGCCUUAGUUUUAUUCCAUCCACCUCUGACACUCGUUACAGCUCCUGCUGAUAGGCAACAUGGCCUGAAAUCCCAGGUCAGUUUGUCUUGCGGUAGCAAGUCAGAAAUCCUAUUUUAUGAGUAGGGCUCGGGUGUUCAUUCUUGGACUAUGCAUUAAUGGGGAGUUUUUUCCUGGCUGCCUGUGGCUGUGUGUGUCUGGGGCAUCUGCAGGACAGAACCCUGUAACACCUCCCCAGAAAGGAGCUGCUCCCUUUGGCUGGCUCACGUUACUCCAGAGAGCGAGGGGAAGGCAAAAGGAGACCAGAUAGCAACACACCAGUGGAAGAAAUCUUUGCUGCUCACUAGCUAGUUAUGAAUCCUCUCAGUAAAGCUCCCUUUCAGAGCCUGCAGUUUAAUUCCCUGUGGCUUAUUGCAUUUUGAGCUUUAUCACUGAGCUGUUACACUAAGGAAAAUGUUCCAGGCCCUUUCAAGAAAACGGCAUUUCUCACGUCCCUCAGAUCCACAGCACAGCUUGGCUCUCGGUCUUUCACACCUUGUGUUUAUCUUUAGAAGUUAUCAAUUGCUUCCUACAGAAGGGAGAUCAGCAAAAGUUUGAGUAAGGGAAGAUGUACCCUGUAAAAACUGAAAACCUUGUGUACCUGUAGACUAUUGAAAACUAGCUGAUUUAAAAUAAAGCACAUCCCCAUGGAUUCUACUGUAAUAAUUCAGCAGAAGGAGCUGUAUUCAUAGCCGGGGUGUCUAAGAUGAAGUCUCAAAAGAGGUGAAUCACUCCUUUUGCAACUUGGGAAUUGCCAGCGCUUUGCGAAUCAGGAGAACUAACUUUAGUUCUUCCUGUAAAUAGCAGCCUGUGUCCGAAGCUCUUUUUUAUGUCAUUUUUUUUUUAGGAGAGUAAUGGGAACCUGAGUGUGUGGAAGGGGGGGCCGGAAGGGCAGCAGACAGUGACUGUACACACUGCUGGGCCGUGCCUCAUCCCAGAGCCACCCCUCUGCUCCCAUUAUUUGAGUCAGCACGUUUCGAUAGGAGCUGUUGUUUUGAAAUCUCUCCUCUUGCUUUUUCUUCAUCACCCCUAAUUACUCACUCAAGGAAUUUAAUGCCGCCUGUAAAAGCAUCAGAGCCAUCAGCCCAGCAUCACCGGCCACCGCCACCCCUCCUGACUCUCUCAUUAACUUAUAUGGUCAAAUCUCCAGCUGCCCUGGUUCCCUGCUGUAAAACAAUCCUUCCUCUGUGAGAAGCUGUGGAAUUUCCCUUAUCGAUGGUUCAAAUGACUCCUGCUUGUAAACCUCUUACUGAGAUGUUCCUUGAUAGCGUUUCUGCUGGAGGCAGGGGCAGGGGGAGGGGAUGGGAGCCAUCACUUCGGGCUGUUAUUUCAAUUCCCUGGCUGUUCUGCGGUGCCCACACGGCGCAGGAGGUGCUGCUGCUCCUUCAGCAUCUCUGACUCGGCUCGUGGCUGCGUUUCUGUGGUUCCAAGUGCCCCAGCCAAGGCCUGGUGCUGUCACGGCAGGGGCUGUGUCAGCCAGGUGAAGCUCACUGUUUACACAUCUCCCGGCCUCUUCCCAGGGAGGAUUUGUCAGGCCUGGCUGGUUUUCACGCUGGCCAUUUGGUCCUUUAUCUGCCAGCCACACACCUGCUGUUCCUUCCAUCUGAAUUGGUGGGCCCUGGUGAUUUUCCUCGUUAACCACUGUUAUCUCCUAGGUCUUGUAGCCUUCCCAUCUUAAAGACUGAUCUCAGACCUCUGUAAAGUGCUUUCAGGGAGGGAGCAGAUCUCAUUUAGGAACAGUCUUGAUCUGACUUGAUCUCCGUUGAACUGUUUCAGGUAAUCUCUCUGAUCCUGUGUCGACAGAGAUCCUGUGGUGAAUAGCUUGAGGGACUUGGGGCUUUGGGAGGUACUGCUGGCCACGACUCAAUGCUGAGCGUGACCACUGAAAGCUUUUUCUUUUCACUCGUACAGAGUGCCACACCGUUGGCCUUAAGGCAACAGAGGGAUUUUUAUUCUCUAACCCACCGUGGAGUUGCAUAUGAGGCACGAGGGAGAAGGGCUGUAUGUGGCAUACCCUGCAGUGCUCAUCCCGUUGCCUAACCCACCACUGCUCUUUUAAGAUCUUAUUCCCAAGUGUCAGCAGCCAGGCAGAUGCAGACAGUUUCCUACCACAGUGGUCCUGCAGUGCAGCAGCUCUAGGAAAUCCUCCUGUUGAAUGAAGUUCCAUUUGCCACAGGAGCUGUGAAAGUUUUAACUGCUUUAAUAUUGAUUUUUUUUCUUCCGAGCUGUCAUUUGCAGAAAAGCUGAAAGAUGUAAGGACUCAAGGAGCUGUUUGUAGUAAAUUAAGCAGGUCAUUUUGGCAGGGUUUGGGCUGACAAAUGAGCCUGAAGCCCGUGUACACUGUAAAAGCUGACACUGCAACCACACUUGUUCAUGAUAUCCACGAGUCCAAUCCCAUAUUUUCCUCUGAAUCCAACCUCAUGUAAAACACUAAGAGGACUAACACUAGAAUUGCAGGAUGAGGACAUGAGCACUGUUUGCCACUGGAAGCAGAGCUGCCUGGCGUGCUCCCAGAUGAAGCUCUGAGCUUCUCUAGGUGUUCUCUCUCAUUUUGACUGCCUUCAACCAGCUUUCCCUCCGGAAAAUGCCAAACCCUCUUUGCAGGAUCCAGUUUUUGCCAAGUCCUGGGGAUAGAAGGCGAAGGUCCGACGUGAUGCGCACACCGCGCGUCCGGUUCCCGUUGCUGGAACAUCCCUUCUCUAGAAAACUUCCUGGUACUUCAGGGCUCUGAAAUUUGCACAAGGGAGCAUAAACAUCAUAAAUCUUGUAGAGAUAACCCUGGUUUUUAAACCAAGGGGUGCCUCUUUUCAUUUGCCUUGUAAUUCCCACCCGUUCUGCUGCUAGCGCUCGAUUUGUUGGGAAAUUUUUACAUCUGGCAAGGGUUGACAGGGUUUAGUCCCCACUCCUGUGCCAAUUGCAAACCACUGCCACUGCAGGGGUCUUUACAGAGGAUGCAGUCGUGCACUGACACCAUUUUAAAGCAGAAAUGUCACUAAAUACCUGACACGUGUAUCCCUGAAAUGACUCCAGUGGAAGGCUGAAGGGAAGGAGCACAAUCAGAGCAUCUGACACUGAAAAGAAGCCUCUCCUCAGCUCCCUGCCACGCUGGAAGAGGGCCCAGAGGGGCCUGGAAGGCUGUGGAAGGCUGUGGAAGGUCCUGGAAGGCUGUGGAAGGCUGUGGAAGGUCCUGGAAGGCCCUGGAAGGCUGUGGAUAUCCAGCACUGCCCCGGCGGGGUGGGAGCGCCGGGCCCGCGGCAUCGGGGGCGCCGCGCCCGGCAGGGCCCGCUCUGCCGGCCCCUCUCGUCUGCCUGGUGAGCACGAGGAGCUCGGGGGGUUUUUAAACAAAAUAAUGUUUUUAAUUGUUUUUUCCACAUCAAUGGAAGGAACCUUACGCAACAGCAGAUCCUUCUGAACAAAAUGGCUGUGCCCUGACUAUUUUUAAAAGAAAAAAAAAAAAAAAGAGAAAAACUGUUUCAAAACUUUUUAGUGUCAAAAGCAUAAACUCAGAAAUCCUGACUUUUUCCAGUGUGUGUGGUGAGUGCUGUAACCCUGUCAUCAGUAUCUCCCCUGACUUUUUCAGGGGUGUUUUUUUCCUGUUUUGUUUUCUGCUUGUCGAUAUUGUCUGUGUGGUCCUAAGGCUGGGGCAGUUACCAACAAUGUGUGUCUGUUGUCAGAUUGAAAAAAAAGAUAGUAGUAGAACUGAAAAAGAUGUGUUUUAAAAAAUAUAUUAAAAUAAAUUUCAUUAAAAGGAAUUCAAGUAAAGAAGCAACAAAGCCAUGACUCCUCCUCUCAGGAUUGUAUGGAAAAGGAUUUGUGGGCUUAUAAUUAUAACCAGUUGCCUUUCACAGGCUUCUGAGGUCCAAGGUAGCUUGGCCUCUUAGGAAAUGUUACAAACCCUGUAUAAAUUCCUGCUUUCCCAGGUUUAUACUGUACAGGUGUAAGACAGAAUUGGGCAGUAUUUUGGAAGUCAGUUGUUUCUGGUGACAGUUAUCCACACCAGUUGUCCCCUAAGAUGGGAACCACUGAUGUGAAUGGACCAAACGCUUUGGCCAAAUUUUCUGUUUCCUCCAUCCCACCCCUUGAUGCAGGGACACGAGGCACGCAGGUCAGCUGGUGCAGAGCUGUGUGUAGGUUCAUGGUCAAAGUUGUAUUUCCUUGCCUCUGGGGUUGGUCACGUACCCAGGUGUGUUAUGGGGCAGGAAAGGACCAGCAGCCACUUUCUGCUCUGGUUGCAUCAGAGACUUGCAUUUCUUGAAAGGAACAACAUGAGGCUAAACUGGCAUGUAAGGUUAACCAAAAAGCCCUAACAAAUCGCUUUACCUGUAAAUGUAGGUAAGGAAUUUCAUUAAGUGAAUGUAUUUUGUUGUCAGACUUAACCAUAUGCUGUUUGUCCCCCUUUUGCGAGCCUAGUUCAGAUCUUGAAAAUCAAGUCACUGUGGCUUGCUUUUACAGAUAUUCCCAUUAGGCUCUUGGUGCUUUGGUAGGGCUUUUUGUUCAAAACAUCGGUUUCUUUCUCUUGGAAACCAGAAAAAAACAGAUCUAUUGGUCACGUAUACUCUUAUUUGUUAUAAAAUGUGGUUAUCUUAAAAACCAAAUUGAAGCCAAAUUUUAAAAGUAGACACUGUUCCUUUAAUCUGCCCCAUCUUCCCAGCUCUGCGGACACGGCUGAGUCCUCCCUCCCUGCCUGCUGGGGUGGCUGCAUUGGCCCCUCGUUACACACCCACUGCAGUAUAACUGGGGAGGCUGCAGGGUGAGAUGCCUUUCUUUGUUCAGACGCUGGAGGAGAGCGAACCCAAUGGGACCACGAACAGGGAAUAACUUUGUGCUAGCCCAGUCUGUGCUGCUGCAGCCCGCUGGGACAGCCCAGUGCCGUCUCCUUGCGAGGCAGCGAGUGCGGAGAGCUCACACCGAGCUCACAGUCCCUCUGGGGAGCUGAGCUCUGUGGGGUGCUCCAUCCCCCCACACACACAGAGCCCUCCUUUGCCGUGGAGGAGACGUGUUGCACUUUAGUGGAGGCGGAGGCAGGCUUUGGGUGGGAUCUGUGUACUUGAAUUCCUUUUGGAAGUGACAGCAGCGGGAGACAUUGGUGUCCGUGAUGCAAGUGCACACGCUGCCUUCAACUCGUAUGUGUUUUAUUGCUGGAGUCAUGUUACUGACAGGAUAAUGAAAUUGCAAAGAAAAUGUGUUAUAUUCAACUUUGCCUUGAUAAUAUAAACACUUUGUUCAUUUUUUUUCUUCUUUUUUUAUUCACUAAGACUAAGUUCAUCAGGAAAUUAUAAACUUAUUUAAAAGUUC